GGAGAUGAGGUGACAUGGACAUGUGUGGGCCUUCAUUAUCCACCGUCUCUUCCGUUUACACGCGCUUGUGCGAAUCCUACAAAGAGACGUACGAUAGCGUACACGUGAAUAUAUGAAACGUGUGUAUCAAUGUAAGAAUAUACGCACAUAAUAUAGUAUGUAAUACAUGUAUUAUCAUGUAUAUAUACUAGUAUUGGGUUUGAGAACGAGAUGAUUUUGCACGUAUUGAUUAUUCAAUGGAGCCAACUACUGUGGUCUCAAACUUAUCGUUUUACAAACCGUCUCCAAUAGUAUUUUGAAGAAAAACAUAAAAAAAUAUUUUAAAAAGAAAAAGACUUUCUCCAAUAGUACUAUUCAUAUAUUCAUUUUGAUGAAUAAUACCACAUCAAAUUUGAAAAAAUAUUAUUCACAGACUAACUUUGACGUUGGACGUUUUCAUUUACAAAUUGAUCAAAUACAUUUUUAUAUAGUUAUACUUGAAAAUAUAAAUAUAUGUGUUUUGUAUUUUAAGAAUAUGUUUUUAAUUAAAAAAUGAAAGAAACCAUUAGAAUAAAACUCAUACUCAUUUUAAAAGAAAAAUAAAAAUAUUCAUUGGAGAUGUCUAUACCAAACCGUGGGAGAUUUGGGUUUAAAAUAGCAAUGAAGAAGUUAUGGUAACUUUUUUGAACAUUUUUAUGGUAACUUAUAUGUUAAUAAAACCUUUAUAUAAAUGUUUUCUUAUUCGAUUCACAAAAGAUCGUGCAAAAUUAUAUACAAGUGUGUUUAAUUUACCCUUAAUUUAAUAUUAGAUCAAAGUUUUGACUAGAAACGAGAGCGCAUAGAUAUAUGCAUGGAUCAAACCAUUCUACAUUUUCAGAUAAUAAUGAAACGCAAAGCAUAUCAGUUUAAUAAUUGUCACUUUCAAUAAUAAUAAUGUUUAUUUGAAAUGUACUUAAAAUUGGUGUUGAAAUACAUCUAACCCGUAUGUCAUCUCAUUUUAUAGAAAAAUCACUACUUGUCUAAAUGUAUGUGUAUGCAUUAGAAAAACUGGGUGAUCAGUGAUGCUUUCAUAAGAAAAUAUAAUAAACCAAUUAAAAACUAAACUUAUUGACGCCUGUUGAGUCAAAGCUUGGCAGAUCUAAAACCCAGGGCUUCUAAGUAACUUCGUUUUUAAUAAUUUUGAAAAAUAAUUCAAAUAUAUGGCUUAAUUAAUCAUAUGGUUUAAUUAAUAACUUCCAGUGUGAUCUCUUUUUAAACUAAUAGAGAAAGACAUUUAAAACAUUUGAUUAGUCUUAUCUUUUCUUCGAUUCUCUUGGUUUUUUAACAUCACCUAAAUUGUUUUUAGUGGUAGGUAUAGUUUUGGGUUUGAUUCCUUUUAGAUGCAACUAAAUAUUUGUGAAAGUCUCUUAAUUAGCCUAGUAAUUAAUGGUUUGAUAGAUUUUUAUAUAUUAUAAAAUGGAAAAUUUACCAGAAAUUUCAGAAUGGGUUUUAUUAAAUAUCAAAUUUAUUAAUCAAAAUUUUCAGAAUUUGCAGGUGUAGUUAUUCAUUGUGGUUGUGUGCUGUGGAAAACUUUGUUCAUCGAAAAUGUUGUACAUGCAAAAUUAAUCGCUAAUCCAAUUGUUAAGAGAAAAGUUAUAUAGUGGAGUCACUGUCCCGGAAAUUUCAUUGAUAUUGCAUAUAUUGAAAAUAGUAAAUCAUCAUUUAUAAUAUAAAUGAUGUAAUGAACCAGUGUUAAAAAUUGUUUUUAGUGGACAUUAAAAAUUUGCAUUGUUAUUAUUAAAUUUUGCAAAAAUACAACGCUGCGUAAUCCUUGGACUGUUGCAUUGAAAACAAGUUUUGUUUAGUGAAUUUUAUUGCUCGAGAUUUGAUACCAUUUAAGUGUUAUCUUGGGAUUGAUGCAUAUGUGAGAUUAUUUUAGUAUAUACGAAUGCCUCCAUCACAACUACAAGUCUCAAGGGUCUAUGAAAUUACUCCAGACAUGCAUGCAACUAAAUUUCAAAAAUAUAUAUAUAAUCAGCUUGGACUUAUUUUAACUUGUAAAACUACGACGCGUUAAACCCAACUCGACUCAACCUGCGUCAAUUUAUUUAUUCGAAACUACCUGAUAUAUUAUUGCUUGUGGUUUAGAAAUUAGAAUCGGAGUUGGUUUCAUUAGAAACAGUUGGAGUUGGUCUUUUUUAAGUCAAAUGUAACAUUGGUUUAAUAUCAAUUAAGCAGCUUAAUCUAAGAUGACCCAACCUGAUGUUCUUUUAUAACGGUAUAAGGAAACAAAACAUUGCUCAUUUCUUCACUUCAAAGAUCGUGUUUUCAUGGUUUCGUAAAAUUACCUAGUAGAUUUGUAGGGAAGACGUCUGACCGAGAUUAGAGUUUUCAUUCAAUUUGUAUGAAUUUGUUAGUUCAUGAAUGCAUUCUCUUUAAAAGGAUUAUACGUUUUACCUUAUAAAGACGUUUUGAAUUCGAUUAUUGUUGGAAUUAGAUUAAGAUGUCACAAGGCAUUGAGAUGAAAGGUUUGGAGGUGAAUAUCCAAUGCAAGAUCCGCAACGAAAUAAAGAUUUUAAUGUAGUGAAAUUUGAAUCAUUUAUCUUUUUAUUCAUAUGGGUUGUAAUAAAGACAUUUUGUAGUAUUAUUUGAUUUCUAAGAUCAGGCCAUAUAAACAACUAUGACAAGAGUUAUAUAUAUCAUGGUUCUUAUUAAACAUUUAUAUAAAAUAUGAAACAUUUUCAUAGCUAUCUCAUUAUCACAACUGAUGUUUAAUAAUAUAAAAGUUAGGUACUAAGAUUUUGGUAAGAAAACUGGAAAGCAAACGAUUUUACACCAAAAUAUUCCAUUCCUAACUUGUCGAAGUGGCCAAUUCAACUCAAAAGAAUCAGAAUAUUAUUUAAUAGAAGAGAAGAUGAAGACGAAUAAGAGUAAGAGAAGCGUGGCCAAUGUAGCAAGUAGCCUCCUAUGGUGCAUCACUUAUCUUGGCCGAACAUUUUAAAUAAUGUCAAAUAUCACCUAACUAGAUUUGAAAACUUUAUUGGAUAUACAUGUAGCUGUAGUAGUGGCUAUAAACCUACUCAAAAAAUGUCUUAUGUCCAAUAAAAUUAAAUUUUACAAAAUUAAAUUAUAGCAAACUCGUCAAAUGCACAAACGUUAAUUUAAUUUAAAUGGUUACUACUGGAAUUAAUUGUUGAAAAACCAUUCUUCAUUUUGGAUUUAAUUUUUUUAAUGGUUUAUUUUAUUUGUAUGUAAAAUAAUAUAUUUUCGGAUGUUUCGAUUUAGGCUUUAAAUUAAUGAUGAGUUCGACCUUAGAAGGCAUAGUAGCUCUUCAAUUAUUAGUCUGGACCUGAAAUCUAUUGAUUUAUAUAUAGUCCAGGACUAGGAAGUAUUGGAAUCUAUAAUUCAUAAAAGAUACUUACCAGGGACUAGGGAGAUCCAUAUUAACCAUUAUCCAUAUACUCCACUUAUCCAAAUUAAGUAUCAUGCACAUGUAAGAAAGUAACCACUUGGUUUUGUUAAUAUGUUUCACAUGUUUUUCUUUUCUUAAUUUGCCGCCUUAAUCUUGUUCUAAUUAACCAGUGGGUGGAAUCUAACAAUUAUAGUGCACAAAGUUAUUUUUUUAUACGUAUAUUUUAUUUGAAAAUGUUAUCGAAAAAGAUUAUUGAGGUCCCAGUUCGAGUGCAAAGGUGCUUUUCUGUUCUUAUAGUUUAAUCAUUGCGUGGCAAGCAACAUGAACCUCCUAAUGUGUCUUUACCAACAAAAUAAAUCAUCCUAAAUGAUUAUUAUAACCAAUUUCUAGCGUAUUUAAUAUUUGUCACAUUUUUAAAUUAUAAUAUACAGUUUUUAAAAGGUUAUAAUUUAAAUACAAAAAUAGUGUCAGAAAAUUCAUAUUAAGUUUGAGUUUCAAUAAAUUACUAUGAUUCUUACACAACUAAUGGUCGUUUUUGUUAGUCACCAUGGUUAAUGAUCUUUUUUUUUUACCAUAGUUAAUGGUCUCUUAGCUCGAACUCUAAAGUUUCACAAUUUCAAUUCAGAAAUACAUUUUUGAUUUUAUUAUGUUAUACUGUAUAAAUUUUGUAGAGUAGCAACUCCGUUGACAAAAUAAACCUUAAUUUUUAUCUUUCCAUGGAAAAUAAAAAAUCAAAUAUUUUUAUUUAUCCCACCGUAAAAAAGAAAAUCCAAAUUUUAAUUUUUUUGACAAAAACAAAGUAUAAAAGAAAAACUUCAGAAAGUCCACAUCGACCGGUGAUAGGUGAGUUAUUCAGUGCCUUUCCAUUCAAUAGUUUACUCACGAUCGCCACAUGGGACCCAUAUUCCCCAGUCACAUCACAUUGUCCUUAAUACGGCACCGUAAUCAGAACAAUAUUAUGAAGACUUUAAGCAUUUAAAGCAAAUCUACUUGGUCAAUUCGCAAUUUUAAUUCAUGGCUAAAUCACUUUAACUCAAAGCAAUGGUUCCCAAAAAUAUCCAUUUUAUUUUAAUUCUAAUUAGAAUAAUCAGCAUUUUAAACUAUACAUUAUUUUAAAAUAAAGGACAUUGUCUAGAAAAUAAAUAUAUUAGAAGAGAUUUUUUUUGAAUUACUCGAUCAGUUAAAUGAGUUAUAUAGAUCAUCAGUCAAUGUAUGACUUUUGACUAAUUUCUUUGAAUUUCCAAAGUUUAAUUAUAUUAGUACAUCUCACAUUGUUUGUAGAUGAUCACAAAUUGAUGUUAAUUAUAUGAACUGAAAACUUUCCUAGAUUUUAUAUUCUUUAAACAUGUUACAUGUUUGGUCUAGAUAACCAUAACCCAAAAUGUCACAAUCGGUAAAUCUAGAAAAGCUUUAUUCCAUGGAAAUUUUUUGUUGUGGAAGAAAAUAAUUUUAAAAAUCUAUCACUUUCCCUGGCCUGUAAAAGCUUGCCACUUUCUACUUUUUUCCACAACUUUCUUUUUCAAUUACAAAAUUGAUGUUCUUGGCACUGAACAAAAUGGACAAAGAAAAAAAAAAGCUGAAAAAACCACAAGGCACAAGCUUCUACUAUUAAAGAUAUAGAUAGAGAGAGAGAAGCUGUAAUAGCAAACACAGUAGAGAGAGAGAGAAGGCAUGCUUGUCGGCCAUAAGAGCUUCAAGCCAAAGCAAAACUUGCUUAUACUUUCCAUAAUAAUCAAAAAUCCUUAUUGGAAUAUACACUCAUCGAUUCUCAUCACUAUCUCUUUUUUCUAGCUUCUCUUUUAAUUCUUGGGAUCGUGGGAGCUAUCUAUAAAGUUUAUUGGAUUUAAAAGCUCCUUUAUUUUCUGAUUCUGCUUGAUUCCCAGAUCAAAGAUGAUCUCUUUUUGAUUCCCACAACAUCAAAUGAGAUCUCUUUCUCUCUGAGAGUUUUAAUUUGAGGAAUCAAAAAGACAAAAGCUGGGAGAGAUAUUCUAAAACCCUUUUACACAAGUGCUGAGUUUUUAUCAAUGAGGAUUAAAACAGAACCAAAACCAAUGUUUGGUGGAGUUUUGUUUCUUUUAACACUUCUGGUCUGGACAUCAGAAUGUCUGAACAGAGAUGGUCAGUUUCUAUUGGAGCUGAAGAACAGAGGAUUUCAAGAUUCGUUCAACCGUCUCCGCAACUGGAACGGCAUUGAUGAGACGCCGUGUAACUGGAUAGGAGUGAACUGCAGCAACAAUCUGGUAGUGACAUCUCUUGACUUAAGCUCCAUGAAUCUCACUGGUGUAUUAGCCCCAAGCAUUGGCGGUUUGGUUAACUUGGUUUAUCUCAGCCUCGCUUAUAACGAGUUAACCGGAGACAUUCCUAAGGAGAUUGGGAACUGUUCUAAUCUAGAAGUUAUGUUUCUGAACAACAACCAGUUCGGUGGUUCUAUACCUGUCGAGAUCAAGAAACUGUCCGCUCUGAGAAGCUUCAACAUUUGUAAUAACAAACUCUCCGGUCCUUUGCCUGAAGAGAUUGGCGAUUUACAUAAUCUAGAAGAGCUUGUGGCUUACACCAACAACUUAACCGGUCCACUGCCUCGUUCUAUAGGGAGACUCACCAAGCUGACUACGUUUCGCGCAGGGCAAAACGAGUUCUCUGGAGAGCUUCCUAACGAGAUUGGUCAAUGCCUCAACUUGAAGCUGCUCGGCCUCGCGCAGAAUCUCAUCUCCGGAGAGCUUCCCAAGGAGAUUGGGAAGCUCGUUAAACUCCAGGAGGUGAUUCUCUGGCAGAACAAGUUCUCAGGGUCGAUUCCUAAAGAGAUUGGGAACCUCACAAGGCUUGAGAUACUUGCUUUGUACGUUAACUCGUUCGUUGGACCGAUACCUUCAGAGAUUGGUAACAUGAAGUCAUUGAAGAAGCUUUACCUCUACCAAAACCAGUUGAAUGGGACUAUCCCAAGGGAGAUUGGGAACCUAACGAGAGCUAUGGAGAUCGAUUUUUCGGAGAAUAUGCUGACUGGUGAGAUCCCAGUUGAGUUAAGCAAGAUCAGUGAGCUGAAGCUGUUGUAUUUGUUUCAGAACAAGUUAACCGGAACCAUACCGAACGAGCUUAGUGACUUAAAGAAUCUUGUGAAGCUUGAUCUCUCAAUUAACUCCUUAACCGGUCCUAUACCGUCCGGUUUUCAGAAUCUCACUUCAAUGCGUCAGCUUCAGCUCUUCCACAACUCCCUCAGCGGUGUGAUCCCUCAGGGUCUUGGCACGUACAGUCCUCUAUGGGUUGUUGACUUCUCAGAGAAUCAGCUCUCGGGGAAGAUACCGCCUUCUAUAUGUAACCAAUCGAAUCUCAUCUUAUUGAAUCUCGGUUCAAACCGGAUAUUCGGAGAAAUCCCGCCGGGUGUGCUGACCUGCAAACCGCUCCAGCAGCUUAGAGUAGUUGGGAACCGACUAACCGGUCGGUUCCCAACCGAUUUAUGCAAGCUUGUUAAUCUCUCAGCUAUAGAGCUGGAUCAAAACCGGUUUAGCGGACCGUUACCGGCCAAGAUAGAGAUUUGCCAGAAGCUUCAAAGGCUUCACCUCGCAGCUAACCGGUUCUCCUCAAGCCUACCGAAAGAAAUCAGCAAACUCUCCAACUUAGUCACUUUCAACGUCUCCUCAAACUCUCUAACCGGACCGAUCCCUUCGGAGAUCUCCAACUGCAAGAUGCUUCAACGACUCGACCUGAGCAGGAACAGUUUCAUCGGUCAUUUACCAUGCGAGCUUGGAAGCUUACAUCAGCUAGAGAUCCUCAGACUCAACGACAAUAGAUUAUCCGGCAACAUACCGUUCACCAUCGGUAACCUCACUCAUCUAACCGAGCUUCAGAUGGGUGGAAACUUGUUUUCAGGGAGCAUACCGCCUCAGCUAGGCUCACUAUCAAGUCUCCAAAUCGCGAUGAACUUGAGCUACAACGACUUCAGCGGCGAGAUACCGCCCGAGCUCGGGAAUCUUUAUCUACUUAUGUACCUUUCUCUUAACAACAACCACUUGAGCGGCGAGAUCCCGACUACUUUCGAGAACUUAUCGAGCUUACUAGGCUGCAACUUCUCCUACAACAACUUGACCGGACCGCUUCCGCUCACGCCGCUCUUUCAAAACAUGACUCUAACCAGCUUCCUCGGAGAUAAAGGACUCUGCGGCGGGCAUCUGAGAAGCUGCGACUCUAACCUCUCUUCCUGGAGUAACCUUUCGCCUCUUAGAUCAGGCUCGGCGCGUCGCCGGAGGAUCAUUGUCAUCUUGUCUUCCAUCGUCGGUGGCAUAUCUCUUUUCCUCAUAGCUAUCGUUGUUCAUUUCCUUAGACAACACCCUGUGGAGGCUACAAAGCCUCCUUACGUGCGCGACAAGGAACCGUUUUUCGAAGAAUCUGACAUCUACUUCGUCCCGAAAGAACGGUUCACUGUUAAAGACAUCCUCGAAGCGACGAAAGGGUUCCACGAAAGCUACAUUAUAGGUAAAGGAGCGUGCGGGACGGUUUACAAAGCGGUUAUGCCAUCGGGUAAAACCAUCGCGGUUAAAAAGUUAGGAUCGAAUAGAGAAGGCGGUAAUAAUAACAAUACGGAUAACAGUUUCCGCGCGGAGAUUCUUACUCUAGGAAAGAUCAGGCACAGGAACAUUGUGAGGCUGUACAGUUUCUGUUACCACCAGGGCUCGAACUCGAAUCUCUUGCUGUACGAGUACAUGUCUCGAGGAAGCUUAGGUGAGAUUCUGCACGGAGGGAAGUCGUAUGGUCUUGACUGGCCGACUCGGUUUGGGAUCGCGCUCGGUGCGGCGGAAGGGCUUGCUUACUUGCAUCAUGAUUGUAAACCGAGGAUCAUUCAUCGAGACAUCAAGUCUAACAACAUUUUGCUUGAUGAGAACUUUGAAGCUCAUGUUGGAGAUUUUGGUUUGGCUAAGGUCAUUGACAUGCCAGUGUCCAAAUCUGUCUCAGCCGUCGCUGGUUCAUAUGGUUACAUUGCUCCCGAGUAUGCAUACACAAUGAAAGUAACGGAGAAAUGCGAUAUCUACAGCUUCGGAGUUGUACUUCUUGAGUUGUUAACCGGAAAGACUCCGGUUCAACCGAUUGACCAAGGUGGAGAUCUUGCCACGUGGACAAGAAACCAUAUCAGAGAUCAUUCGUUGACAAGUGAGAUACUUGAUCCUUAUCUAACGAAAGUAGAAGACGAUGUGAUUCUUGCUCACAUGAUCACGGUUACGAAAAUUGCUGUGCUCUGUACUAAAGCUUCGCCGUCGGAUCGACCUACGAUGAGGGAAGUAGUGUUGAUGCUGAUAGAGUCUGGAGAACGUGCGGGGAAAGUGAUUGUGUCCGCCACGUGCGGCGAUUUACCUCCACCGGUGCAGUCGUGUUAACUUAGUUGGUUUCUGUAUAGAUUAAAUAUGAUUUGUAUAGUCACUAUAGAAGAAAGAAAGCAUGAGCAUACGUAUAAAUCAUUCCUAGUUGGUUGAAAACUUGAAAUAAUAUUAGAAUUUUUUCUUUGUUUGCAA